AUGACUCUACAAAGUAAUUCGGAAAAGCCCAAUCCCCCAACCAUUCCGGAAAACCACCCGACCUUCGCCUUUGACAAUAACUGCUCCGAACCUGCUUCGUCCGCCGCUUCCCAUACUUCUCGUCCCUUCGCACGACCCGUGCGGCAACGUCAUUGUACGCUCGCUAAUGACGCUACUGGCCCUGUAAACCGUAUUCUAGAAGAGUAUUCGACCGAGAUUGGACAUUAUGGUUUGACACCUACGGUGCCCCUUAAUCAACAGACGAUUUUAGGGGACUUGCCGGUGCUGUCGCCGAACGAGCCGGGCACGAUAUCGAGGGAAAAUAGGGUGAACAACCCCGUGGCUCAGCAGUCGCAUCACGCCACGUCUACGCGGGGCAGAGGGAAAAGGUUAUCGGAAAGCGAGUUCGACGACCCGGAAACAAGCCGGCGUGCGCCAAAGAAGCCGCGCGCACGACUGACACCCCCGCGUAAAAUCGAUCUCGGCCCCUUCGCCAGGCCGGCCGCACUCCCUCCGAAACUCGCUGAUGGUCUCACGUCACCCUUAUUCUUCUCACAUAAGCAUAGGCCAUUUAUUGCUAGACCUCCAAGCUUUUCCGGGUCCGAGGGAGCAACCAUGUUGAAGAGUGUGCGUGAUGGUGCCGAGGUUACGACCCUGAAGCUUGCUCGGGGUACCGUACACUCGGCAAGCCCGGCGAGAUCUUCCAGCACGCCGGGUAGCUGGUCCUCUAUCGAAGCCGGAAGUUUGAUGCGGAGCCCCGAGUCUACAGCGGCCACCCCGGGGCUGCAAGCAUUACAAGGCAUCGGCGUCCUUGAAUUAUUAGAACGAGAUGACAGACCAACUUUCAUCAUCGAUAGCUUAAACACGGUCACUAGCAACCCUGACCCUCUCCCCAUCGUCUAUGCAAACCCGGCUCUUCAAAUCUCUGGCUCUAUUCGGCACUUGCUUUCUGGGGAAUUCCAUGACAAUGCCGAAGCGCGGGAAGAGUUUCUCAAUUUUAAAGCGUGGGUGAAUGCCGGCGGCAGCAAUACCGAUGGUAUCGAUGUCUUCUUACCUUCAUUUCGCUAUGGCGGUUAUGGCUGGAACUGCUCAACUAUCAGAAAUAGAUUCCGCUUCGUCAGCGCGAAUACUAGCGCAGCAUCGAUUGCGCGGGCCUCUCCCGAACCUCCCUUAGAGCGAGAAUCAAGUAUCGACUCGCGGGCUCGCGAUUUGUCGCCUAAUACUCAGGUUAAGACGCCUAGUGAUAUCGUUCUACCUGAUCGAGAUUAUUUUGGACUUGCUAAUCCCAUCGAUUCGGAUGUUCAGAUGCAACAGGGAAUAAGUAACGACGGCGAGACUAAUCUGCCCUUAUGUAGCGACGAUGGCCUAACGCCUGGAGCCAUUCCACCGCACGCAUUACAACAUUCUUUCGACUGGACUCGGAUUCCAUUUACCGAUGAUCUCCCAGACCACAUAAAAUUUGCUCGUAGUGUAGACUGGGCGGCAACGCCUCUUGGCCCUAUCGAAAAUUGGUCGUCGGAGUUGCGCGCGAUGGCGAAUUUGGUCAUGGGCAGUCCUAAUCCCGCAGCAAUGUACUGGGGCCCCGAGUCCACCACCAUGUACAAUGAAGCAUAUGUUGCGCUAGCAGGAGCGAAACACCCGAAGCUCAUGGGUCAGGCUUAUAAAGAUGCUUGGGGCGAGCUCUGGCCAGACUUACGGCCUAUAUUGGAAAGUGCCUGGAAGUCCGGCCAAGCGAUAUUGAAAAACGACGAUCGCCUCAUUUUACGACGCAACGGGUUUGACGAGGAAACAUUCUUCUCGUGGUCUAUUGUGCCACUGGUCGGAAGCGACGGCUCGGUUGUUGGACUAUUUAACCCUUGCUUCGAAAAUACUCGGCGGAAAGUCGCCGAGAGGAGAAUGAUAACAUUGCGUGACGUCGGAGAGAAGACAGCCUUGGCCCGCGAUGUGAAGAGUUUCUGGAGCCGGUUCAACGAAGGCCUCGAAUCUAACGAAGAUGAUAUACCAUUCAGUUUAGUUUAUUCGGUCACAGAGGAAUCUGACAGCGAUGUGUCAUCAAUGCAUUCGGGAAGCUGGGUGAACCCCCCUCUGUUGAUGCUCGAGGCUUCUUUAGGGGUACCCGCAGGCCACCCUUUGCUAAUUGAAUCGCUCAACUUAAGAACAAGCAGUGAAGGGUUUGCUCCGUAUAUGAGGGAAUCUAUGUCAAACGCGGGGCAGCCUAUCGUCUUAUCCGCAGCUGACGGCACGCUCCCCGAAGGUCUCUUGGAUGGAUUAACCUGGAGAGGCCCAGGGGACGCGUGCAAGUCGAUCGUAAUAUUCCCUGUCCAUCCAACUACUGGCAGCGACAGCGUGGUAGGUUUUAUUGUGAUGGGCGUUAACCCGAGGCGGCCUUACGACGAGGAUUACAAGCUCUUCAUCAACCUAUUGUCUCGACAACUCGCAACCUCGCUCGCGUCUGUCGUUCUAUUUGAAGAAGAAAUACGCCGAGGCCAGAAGGCAGCGCAGAUGGCCGCCGCUGAUCGUCAAGAGCUGACCAAGCAGCUACAUCUGAGGACGCAAGAAGUUGAAGAAAGUGAACUAAGAUUUACAAGAAUGGCCGAAUUUGCCCCCGUUGGAAUGUUCAUCGCUGACCAUCUAGGCCACAUCACCUACUGCAACGACAUGUGGUGGGAUAUAUCGAGACAUAAUAGAUCGCAGGGUGUAGACUCGUGGAUGAUGAGUGUUAAAGACGAGGACCGGCCUGCUCUAGAAUCGAUAUGGCACUGCCUGCUUGCAGAUAAAGUUGCCAUCACCCACGAAUUCCGGUUCAAAUGCUCUCGUCAUGAAGGCGAAACCUUGAUCGAUACCUGGGUUUUGAUGAGCGCAUACCCAGAAAAAGGUGAGAAUGGUGGUAUAAAGGGAAUCUUCGGCUGUGUUACGAACAUAUCACAACAGAAGUUAGCCGAACAGAUUCAAAUGCAGCGGCGGGAGGAAGCGGUUGAACUUAAGCGGCAACAGGAGAACUUCAUCGAUAUAACCAGUCAUGAGAUGCGUAACCCUCUAAGUGCCAUCCUCCAAUGUGCAGAUGAGAUAGCAGGUACCUUGGCAAAUAUUAAGCCCUCGGGGGAGACCGAGGAGCGAUGUAAGAGCCUUAAAGUUGCGAUAGAGGGUUGCAUAGAGGCGGCGAACACCAUCACGCUCUGCGCAAGCCACCAGAAACGGAUAGUGGAUGAUAUACUUACGCUUUCGAAGCUGGACUCUCAGCUGCUGCUUGUCACCCCGGUUGAUGCGCAACCUCUGGCUGUCGUACAACGUGUUCUGAAGAUGUUCGAGAGCGAGCUGAAUACGAACGGUAUCGACUUGAAGUUUCAAGUCAAGAAUCGCUAUAUUGACAUGGGUAUCGACUGGGUUAAGCUCGAUCCUUCACGGCUCCUGCAGGUACUGAUCAACUUGAUGACCAACGCUAUCAAAUUCACGCAAGGCCGUCCCGAACGGUCUAUCGUAGUGACACUCGAUGCUUCCAGCGAGGUAUCCGACUCCGGCGUCGAAUAUUUUCCUAGCGACCGCGCCGACAAAGAUGAGAUUACAGAUCAUAGCGAAUGGGGCAAUGGAGAGAAAAUUCAUCUUCAUUUCUCCGUUCAAGAUACAGGCAGAGGCCUAGAUGAACACGAGAGAAAACUUCUUUUCCAACGUUUCUCUCAAGCCACUCCCCGAACUCACGUCCAGUACGGCGGCUCAGGCUUAGGUUUGUUCAUCUCUCGAAUCCUAACCGAGCUGCAAGGAGGUCAAAUCGGAGUAACCUCCCAGAAGGGCAUCGGUAGUACGUUCUCUUUCUACAUCCAGAGUAGAAAGACAGUUGGUUCGCCGCCCGACGCGCGCGGGUUACCCACCGCUCCUCCUCUCACACGAGCACCAGGGUCCUCAACAACUGUCGAGACCCGACACCCCAAAACGAAUUCUUCCGAUAAGCCUACUCGCCCCGCUAAGAACAUUGCUUCCAGACCCAGGUUUUCGGAAGACGGUCGUCGUUUGUUCGACGUCCUCAUUGUUGAGGACAACCUCGUGAACCAAAAGGUGCUACAGAGAUCGCUCCGCAAUGUUGGAAAUAGCACCAAAGUGGCUAAUCACGGGGGCGAGGCCUUGGAGGUGCUACAGCAGUCACGAUAUUGGACUGGAAAGGAAGAUUCCGGUGAUGAUAUUUCGGUCAUCUUGAUGGAUCUCGAGAUGCCGGUGAUGGACGGCAUGACCUGUGCUCGCAAAAUUCGAGAACUAGAAAGGAACGGAACAAUUGUUAGCCAUAUUCCCAUCAUUGCCGUCACGGCGUACGCGCGGCCCGAGCAAAUCGAGAAUGCUAAGGCCGCCGGAGUUGACGAUGUCAUUUCCAAACCGUUCCGCAUGCCCGAACUGAUACCGAGGAUAGAGCAGUUGGUCGCAAUACACACGCCGUGUUAUACCGAAGUCACGGCAGCAUAG